AUGUACAGCAACGUGGGCUGCCCAGGCCAGAGGGCGGGGGAGAGGCUCCAAUUUAACUCUAUCCUUUGCAUCUUGUCCCCCACCUUCCUUCUUUUUCCACCCCCCCUCUCCCCGCACCACUCCCAACCCCCCAUCCCGCCCCCCCACGCCUUUCCCUCUUCCUCAGCAGGGGCGAGUAAAGGUGGAGACGAGCCCGGGAAGUUGCCGGAGCAGGAGGAAGAGGAGGAAUCCCAGGUUUUGCACGGAACCGGCCAUUGCAAAUGGUUUAAUGGGAGAAUGGGAUUCGGGUAUAUCUCCAUGAGCAACCGAGAGGGAAGCCCCUUGGAGUCUCCAGUUGAUGUCUUUGUACACCAAAGCAAGCUUUACAUGGAAGGAUUUAGAAGCCUAAAAGAAGGAGAACCAGUGGAAUUUACUUUUAAGAAAUCUUCCAACGGCCUUGAAUCAAUACGGGUAACAGGCCCUGGAGGGAGCCCCUGCUUAGGAAGUGAAAGACGACCCAAAGGGAAGACAGUACAAAAAAGAAAACCAAAGGGAGAUAGAUGCUACAACUGCAGUGGCCUCAACCACCACGCUAAAGAAUGUAGUCUACCUCCGCAGCCAAGGAAGUGCUAUUACUGUCAGAGCAUCAUGCACAUGGUGGCUAACUGCCCCUACAAAACUGUCUCGCAGCAGCCCGCCAGCUCUCAGUGAAGACACGAAGCUGAGCCGCAGCCUUCCACGUCCGCGUUCCCGAGAGAAGGGGGAGGAGCGCACGGCUACUUGUCUCCACCGCACUCUCAGGAAGGCAGGCCGGAGGUCUCGGAGCGCUCGGGCCAGUCACCGCAGGAGGCUUCAUCGAGCAAGCUGUCGGCAUCGCCCGAGGAACCCAGCAGAAAGGGGCCUUCUGUGCAGAAAAGGAAAAAAACUUAG